AUGUUGGAUCCCCCAAAGCAGCUUCGCAUUUCAGGAGGGCAUUCUGCAUUAGAGGGUGCAUGGCCUUGGCAGGUGAGUAUACAGCAGAUGUCGAGCCAUAUCUGUGGAGGGUCCAUCAUCAGCCAUCAGUGGGUAGUCACUGCAUCCCACUGCUUCAAGAAUAGAAACAACUAUAAACUGAGAGUAGUGGCAGGAAUGAAUUAUCGAUUCAGCCAAGGAAAGGAUGUCCAGUAUCGCUCGGUUCAGCAAGUGAUCCUGCAUGAGAAGUUCAACCCAUCAAACAAUGACAACGAUGUGGCACUUUUGCAACUGCAUCGCCCACUGUAUUUCACUAAUUAUGUGCAGCCUGUGUGCAUAAUUGAAAAUGAGAUGGAUGAGAAACUACUCAACUUUAGCUUAUGUUAUAUCACUGGUUGGGGCAGCUCAGUGUCAAAAGGUUUGUGUUCAAGUGUCCCAAAAAAAAAAACGUACAAUUUUAAAACAUCUGUGCAUCAAGCUGAAGUUGAGCUCAUUGAUACGAGAACCUGUAAUCGGAGAGGCUGGUAUAAUGGCCAUGUUAAUGACAACAUGAUUUGUGCAGGAGUUGACCAAGGUGGAGUUGACACAUGUCAGGGUGACAGCGGUGGCCCUCUACAGUGUUACAGUGAAGACCUGGAGAGAUUUUACCUUUAUGGUGUGACAAGUCAUGGAGAGGAUUGUGCAUUGCCAAGGAAACCUGGCAUAUAUACUCGAGCUAGCCGGUACACAGUCUGGCUGAGAAGAACUCAAGCAAGAUCUGUAUCUGGUGCCACAGUCAUGGAUCUGUCAGUUUUAAAAUUAAUCUCAGUUCUGUUUUUCUCUGCAUACAGUAUAUGUGCAUAUUAGCAUUAGUACACUGUCUGUUAUACUGUAACGUCACUCUGGGCUGGUCUCCAGUAAUUUUAAUAAAGCCACUCUCAAAAUACUUUAUAGGCUACAUUAUUUUUCAUAUUUAGUUUUGCAUACAACAAAUGCAAGCAGAAAGAAAAACUUUACAAUUCUAGGAGUAAGUCACUUUACAACAUUUUUAUCAUCAGGGAAAUGGUUAAAAUAUUUCGUUUGUCAUAUUUGCAUUUUUCAUUUUCAGCUGACAUGCUUCUAGGGCCAAGGCAUGCAAAGUAUCACAAUUAAUAUAUAGUCAAAUUUUCAUGCUUAAAAAAUUAACAAUUUCGAAAAAUGUCACGCUUUUGCUCAAUAUGCAGUGACAACAAGUGUUCAGCAGCCUAGCCAGUUUGUCAAUGAAAGAUCAACUGACAUCUGUUGUCCACCUACUGUAUCCAAAACAAAGCCUCUUAAACCAGUGCAACCAGUCUUAUCCACCUUGUUCCUGAAGGCAGAAGUGUUCCACGAUUCGCCUGUUUUCAAUUUCCGGUGUUUUCACUGCCUUCGCCGUAUAUUCUUAGCGUGUAAUUUGAUGUUUAGAGUAUUACAUGUGCAAAAAAUGGUCCAAAAAUAAUUUGGCUGUAUAGUGCCGAUACGUCACAGAGUUGAGAUGACCGUGUUUUAUUGAUAGUGCCUCAUCUGAGUGUGUAGAUUGUCCGAGCUUAGUUACGGUGAUAUCAUUAACUACUUUGAGUUGUUAUGACAGCCAACAGCAGCACAAGUUGAGCCUGAAAUUAAUUUUUACUCAAAAAUAAAUAAAUAAAAUAAAAAUAAAAAUAGUGGUUGUUCUCCGUCUGAAUCGCUCGUUUCGGUAGUUUUUACAUUGCGUCUCGAGACCACAAACAAGAAAAACAGGCCAUUAUAAUCAACUGAAUCGAUAGGGAACUGUUGGAUAGUAAUUUAGAAAAGUGACCGUUAUCAAAGUGCUGGGUUUGCUUCACGAGCACCACGUGGCUUACGUCAUCGAAAUUCGAAUUCAAAAGUUUUAGACCGUUAUACAAACGACGCCUCUUUCAUUUUUCCAGUCAGAACGUACUGAUAAAAGUCACCAAAUCUGCUCUUAACUAACUAAACACCAACGUACGCUGCGAUGAACAAUGGCGCCAAAAUUCUCCUUGUUCUGGCCGUUUUGUGGUGGGGGGUGAUGGUUUAUUUCGCCAUAGUGGAGGAGAAGAAAGAGAAUCUACAGCAACAAGAGAUAAAGUGUGGUGAGAGGCCUGAGAGAACGGACAAAAUGCGAGUGACCCGGAUGAUCAGAGGUGAGAAUGUGAGUGUGGGUGUUUGGCCAUGGCACGUGUCCAUACUCUACCAGCCCAAUUCAUCAGU